CUUUCCUACUUUAUGAAAUAUCAGUCCGACUUCUCAAUUAAGCGUGAUUCUCUCUUUUCGAAAUUUCAAUCGAUUAUUAAUUUUUCCUUCUUUGUAGUGUUUUUUUUUUCUUCAUUUUUUGCGUUCACUCUUUUCGCCCUUGGCCCAGUGCCCGCGUGUGGGUACGUGCCAUGACUGAAGUUCAGCGGCAACAACAAGUGCCCAGCGAUUUCCCACGCCGCGAGUCGUUCUUGCGCUGCGGUCGCAUCGAGCUUCGCGCCGCGACGAGCGCGCCGUCAUGACGACGACGACCAUGUCGAUGCGCGUCGCACGGUGCACCUCGUAGCGGACACGCAAGACGACCGUGGCAAUCAAUGGCGCCAAGGACGGCACGGACGACGCGUGAACUAUAGAAGGCUGUAUGUGCAGAGGCCACGGGCAGCGCCGACCCCAGACAUGCCCGACAGCGGCGACCAGCAGCUCCUGAUCAUCGACACCGACGCCGGCGUUGACGAUGCGCUCGCCAUCUUGUUGGCCCUCUCCAGCCCGUGCAAGAUCUUGGCCAUCACCUGCGUGUCCGGCAAUGUGCAACUGUCCAACGUCUACACCAACGUCCUGCGGAUACUCAACCAUUGCGGCAGGCUCGAGGUGCCGGUGUACCAGGGCUGCCGGCGGCCCUUGGUGACGACUCCUAUGAAUGCGGUCAGCAUCCACGGCAAGGACGGCCUGGGCGGUGCUGCCGAACGAUACCCGCUACCCACCGACGGCGCCUUCCAUCGUCGCAACGAGCACGCGUCGCAGGCGCUCGUGUCGCUGGCGCACAAGCACGUCGGCGCUGCCACGCUCGUGACGCUCGGCCCGCUCACCAACCUGGCCGUGGCCGGCCGUCUGGACCCGGACUUCUUCGCGAACCUCAAGGAGAUCGUCGUCAUGGGCGGCACCUGCGACGGCAUCGGAAAUGUGACCGCGUCCGGCGAGUUCAACUUCGUGUGCGACCCAGAAGCCACCAGAGUGGUGCUGAGUGAGGCAAGCGAGAAGAUUCGGCUCGUCCCCUACGAAACAUGCAUCAGGCACUGCAUCGACUGGGACUGGUACACCGACUGGGUGAGCAAGGACACGCACAAGAGCCGCAUGGUGCGCGACAUCUCGGAGGGCAUGAUGCUGCGCAUGCGCGACGUGCUCAAGCUGCCGGGCUUCUACUCGUGCGACCUGCUAGCCAUGGCGACCGUGGUGGACCCUGGCGUGGUUCUCAAAACCGAGUCGUACCCGGCCUGGCUCGAACUACACGGCACCAGCACGCGCGGCGCGCUCAUCGUGGACAAGCGGCCCGGCCUGAAGGGCACCAAGCCCAACAUCCACUUCGUGCUGCAGCUGGACACGGCCGCGCUCAAGGAGAUGUACACGCGGAUGGUGCGCUGAUGGAACGAUCAGACGCUACAGGCUGCCGCCGGGUUGUAUAGGAGACUCUACUCGGUCGGGUAACCGCUUCGAGUGUGAGCACACGAUUUUCGUAGGGAAGACAGCUCGCCUUGGCCGAGAUUUUCAUUUCAGAAUAAAAAGGAAAGAACAGUGAUGCCUGGGAAUUUGAACACAGAAUGCGCGGCAGGUUUCGUCGGAAUUCUGUUACUGUGUAUGUUUGUGCGGGGGACAUGUGUGUGCGAGGGAGAUGUAUGAGUGCAUGAAUCAGCGAGCGAGUUUGCUAUAGGGUGUGAAAGAGCGAGUAAGUCAGUUCGUGAGCAAGAGUGAGUGAGUGAGCGAGCGAGCGAGCAAUUAAGUGAGCUCGUGAGUGCGUGCGUAGGCGAGAGACCAUGCUAGUUAGAGAUAUGGGGAGAGUGUGU